AUGCUUCUUUACAUUCCCCUUUUGAUUGCCCUCUUCUACUUCUUCUUCAUGUCAGGCUUUUUCUUUCUGAUGGACCGAGGCUUCCAUCAUUUGCGCACAGUCUUCACCGCCUUGGCCCUGGGCAACUCUACAAUGCGAUCUCGACUCCGACAGGCUCUUGUCGGCACGCUCCGCGGCGGGUUUCGAACCCACCGCCUUGACCCUCCAGCUUUUAGCAAGGUUACCACUCACUCCGGACUCCACUGCUAUAACCUGGUCUUGGCCGUCUCUGUCGCCCUGACCUGGCGGCUGGCGAUGUCACCACUUAGAGACAUCAUGUCACAAAAUUCCGAACACAAUUGUCUCGAAGUUGGUCGUCCCGCCAACGAAGUUGCCAUCACUGUCAAACGCCUCCAGGCACGACAAAUUCACUCUUUCAAUCGCUCAGACCAAGCGCUUUCUGGUGCCUCCUCUAUACUUUUCGCAGAUUUUAUCAGAAAGUUGAUUAUGCAAAUACGACGCUGUAGAAAAGCUGGCUAA